GUCUGACGCCAGGUCUGACGCUACACGUGGUUUUGUGGCGCGAUUGCUGCGCGUUCUUUUGUGUGCUAGAGAGCAAGCUAGAUAGAGUGUCUGUCGUAAUAAUUUUAGUUACACAUGGAUGCCUUUUUAUGUAAAUCCUAUUACUUGUACUCUAGGUAGCUAAGCAUUUAAAUGUCACAUCAACUCCCGCUCUUGUAAGAAUGACAUCAAGUGGCGCGCUGUCUAUGGAGGUGCUCCCCACCGAGGUGCUGGAGCGCAUCUUUGCUGAAGUUGAAUUAGAAAACGUUCCUGCACUCUCAAGAGCUUGCAAACGAUUUGAGGCUAUCUUUGGAUCGUGUGAUAUAAUAUGGCGAAGACUCUUUCAACUGAGGUUUGUGCGCAUGUGUCAGUCGUCAGAAAAGGAGGAACUGGAGUUGCUUUUGGCAUCCCAGGGCCACAGCUGGUACGGGCUCGCCCAGCACCGACUGCAGAUUGGCAGAAUGCUGCGCGAGCGUCUCGACUACCUGGCCGACCGGUACAACGGACUGGGUGAGGCGCUGCCAGACCCCGUGAUGGAGGACUUCCGAGCGAUGGUCCGCCACCACGGCUCACUGAUCAUGAGGGACGCGUUGCUGGAUGAGGUCGUCCCCAGGCAGCAGCGAAGGGGCGCGCUGGCCCGCCGGUACUACGCCACCAUGGUUUACCGCGAGAUAGAGCGCGACCUGGUGCUGCUGCCGAUGAUGCGCUCGUUCACGCGUCUGCCGGAGCAGUCGCGCACAGUGACGGCCACCUUCCACCUGCUGAGCUACUGGCUGCGGCCCGAGCUCGACCCGGGACCCACGCCCGACAUCGAGGGGUGUCACCGCCAGGUGGCGCGGCGGGUGCUGCGGCUGGUGCGUCAGCGCCACCCGCGCCACCCGCUGUCCGGCUGGGCCGACUGUAAGCUGACGCCGGACGGUCCCGGCGGCUGGACGCUGACCGAGGGCCGCCAGCUGCUCGACUGCAUCAACCUGAUCGUCUUCGGGCAGAUGGAGCUGACGCUGCUGAAGGGCCGGCUCGGCGGCGAGCUGAGCCGCAUCUGCGACCGGAACUGCAGCGUCUAUGAGGAGGACGAUUUUGGCGAGCUCUCCGGCCAAAGGCUCCAGCGCGCCGGGCCAACGCGGCAGAGACCGCCCGAAGGCGAAAAGAAACUCAGUGCCUACAAGAAGUACAUGAAUAAGCUCCAGAACUCGCACUACAGGCACACCGAGCCGCGACUGAUGCCCCCCGAACGGAGAAAGGUGUUCUCGGCGUACUCGUCGUACCUGGCCGGCGGCGGCCACUUCCUGGGUGUGGUGUCGGCCGUGUACGCGUCCGUGGCCGGUCUGCUGGGCCUCGAGCUGCACUUCAUCCUCUGUCCCGACACGUGGCUCCUCUGCUGGCCCAUCGGCACCGAGGACCGCCACAUCUACGUGGACAUGAACCAGAGCGGCGCGCAGCUGACGCGCAGGGAGGCGUGCCUGCAACUGAUGUUCCAGUCGCCCGACCACGCGCCAGAGGCCCUGCUGGAGCCCGUGCCCAAACACAAGCUGCUGUGGCGGCUGGUGUCGGGCAUGUUCUGUCCCAAGGAUCACGCGCUGGCGGUCGCCGACCAGGUGUCCAUGCGACUGCUGCACUACUGGCUCUUCGACAACUGCGAGAUCCACGAGAUCUCCAUGUGCUCCAUGGUGAUGGUGCUGGAGAGGAGCCGGCCCAUGUACCUGCACAGACUCUCCCAGGCCCGUCUGGAGGCGUCUCACCUGGUGGAGAAUCCAGUCGCCGAGCGCACGGCGCUGCCCGCCUACCUGGACCGGCUGCGAGCCGACCACCUGCGACUCGUGAAGUCGGUCAACCUGCAGCGCUCCAGAGACGAGCAGAUGAUGGAGGCGAAGCAGUGGCCGCCGCCCGAGGGCUUCUGCCGGUUCCAGGUGGGCGACAUGGUGCAGCUGGGAGACCACCCGCACCGGCGCGCCGUCGUCUACAGCGUGGUGCUCCGACUGCACCUCGUCGCCGGAAACCCGUGUCAGCUGUGCGUGGUCGGCCGGCUGAACCCGCCGCCGCACCAUCUCCGGGUGGGCCGCUACCGACUGCUGCUGGACGGAAACGAAAAGAUGGACGUCGAGGAGGACUCCAUCUGCGCCAGUCCGUGGGCGGCUCCCAUUGAGAACUGCGAGCUCGGGCGCUACUUCACGGGGUUCGAUGGGCGCCGGUACGUGCCGCUGCCGUCGCUGGCUCGGCGCGCCCGGGAGCGGCCGGACGCCGGCCCGGUGGAGGAGCACCGGCCCUGGCCCCGGCCGCUGCGGCCGCCGCCCGUCUCCUGGCGGGUCGCCUGGCCGCGCCGGCUGCCCUACGACGUCGAGUUCCAGCCGGGCGAUGAGGACGCCGUGGCGGCGCCGCAGGAGAUAGAGCUCGGCGGACUGGUGCUGCACUAGCCGGGCGGCCUGCGCUCCACACUAGUGAGGCCCGGUGCUCCACUGGCAUGUGCUCCACUAGAGAUGCUGAUGCGGUCUGGUACUCCACCAAGCGUGUCGAGCCCGACCACAUGCUUUUGAAGAGGAGCGCAAAUAUGGUCGUACCCGAGUGCCUUAUGAUCCACUGAAGUGCCCAGAUCCGGCUGUUGUUGAAGAGAGAAGAGUGGUGCGGAUGCGAUCGUACCGCGCUGCCCUACACCUCGGCGGCUGGCUGGGAUGCAGCUGUACCGGGUGGAAGGAGAGGCGGAUUGGGACGUUCAGCUCCUGGCGGCGUCUGAGUGUGGGGUGGUAAUUUCAGCUCCUCCUUCUGGUGGUGGUCUCUAUCCUUCGGCGGCGGGCUUUUCUCUGUGUGUGCUAGUCUCUAGGAGUGGGACGGCCGAGGACCCCUACCUCCGGGCUCCGACUGACCUCAACUCAAGCAGGGUAAGAUCAAAGGGCGCCCGUGUGCAGGUUUAGGUGUGGUGUUUCCCGCGGCCGGCGUCUUUCAGCGAGUUUUUGUGUGGGCGAUCACGCUGUCAGCCGCUGCAACAUUCUUUCAAUCAGUUACCGGUAGGUAUCCAUACGGGUGGAGUAGUUCAUAUAAUCAGGGUUUGAUAUUUUGUUUACCAUCUCAGGGUUGCGUCUCGUUUAGCUCAGCGGCAGUGCGAUGGAGUAGGUAGAAACGAAUGGUCAUGGAGCUUUUCAGGGAGUACAAAGGUGGUUAUCGUGUCGAGCCUUAGGUCCCCUGCCUGCAGGGAACUACCGAGGUGUAACCGUGCGUAUCUGCUCAGGACCAACCAUGGAUGGGCCAAUGUACUGCAGCUUUGUAUUGGUUAUACUGCUCUUGCAUUAUUAAGUGGACUUUCUUAUUUUAGCGCGUAUUUGUCUCAUUUUUAUGUCGCAUUUACAGCCGUGUGUCUCGAUCUCGAUGGGUUCCAGAAUUGUAGGAGAUUAGAAUCAGUGCCAUUCCGCCAUCCCGGCCUGUGCCGUGGUUCCUGGAUUGUCUUUCUUGGGUGACUGUUUAUCACCAAAUUUACAAUCUGAUCUCGUUACGAUCUCGGGCAUCGCCAUUUACAUGUAGUAGCAAACAUAUCUUAGCUCAGGUAUAGCUCAAGUUUUAGCCCGCCUUGUAACUCAGGUUUUAGCUCUCUAGUAAUGUUGGAACGUACAGCUUUGAACCCCGUAUCCGCCGUUUUGUAGCUGCGUGGAUGAUGCCUGAAAUAUGUGGCGUGCCUGUAGCUGUGUACCAGAUGUGAGCCGCCCGGCGUACCGGCGAAGUGUUACCGUCUUUCACAGGGUUUUACGGCUCCGCCGAGGUCUUUCACUACUCGGCGUGGGUCACCAGCCGAGGUCUUUCAGGGCGGAGGCCGUCCGCCGCCGCCGGUGCCGUCCGUGUACUGUGUGACGCUGUGGUGCUCCAAUACAUGGUCUUCCAUA